GGGGCACCAGUGCAAAACGCAAGAGGUCUCGUUCAGGGAAGAAGCAUGCCUGGCAAGUCGGACGACGAAGAACUGUCUGGAAGCGAGGAAGAGGAAGUGUCAGGGAGUGAGUCUGGUAGCGGUGAAGAAGAAGAAGAAGAAGAGGAAGAAGAUGAAGAGGAGAACGUGAAGCCACCAAAGGAGAAGAAGCCGUCAUCCAAAGAGAAAAGUGCGGAUGAUGUGAAGGAACGGGUCCUGCAAAAUCAACCAUUUGACGCCGCUGUCGAUGUAAGCGACAGCGAGAGUGUCACAGACGCUCAGUCGCCUAAGAAGGAGGGCGGGAAGACACUCAAGAAUCAGCCGUUCGACGAGGCACUCGAGUUAUCUGGGAGCGUGAACGAUUUAGAUCUUCCGUCCAAAGAUGCAGCGCCAAAGAAAGAGAUCAAAGAACUCGACAAAGUUGAGGAGAAGAAGGCGAUCACUGACAAGGGCGCAGCGCCAUCGUCCACAGCUGCCCCCAAGAAGACAACGAAAGAACCAGAGAAAGGCGAGGUGAAAAAUAAGCCAUUCGACGAAGAAGUCAACUUGAGUGAUUCCGAAGCGAGCGUCGACACAGCGGGCGCGCCAUCUCCCGAGAAGCCCAAGAUGGAGAAACGAUUGAGCGUGAAUCAAACGCUUACGACGAUGCCAAAGGCUGCCGCGGACAAAGCAGCGGUCGCAGUCGAGGACAAGAAGCCUCAGCCGGCCAAAGAUGCAAAGCCAAAUGCUGCGUCAUCUUCAAAAUCCCAGUCAUCGAAGGAGUCGAAGGCAAGUUCUUCGUCAGCCAAGAAGAAGAAAAAGCACGAGAGUUCGUCAGAAGGGUCCGAUGACGAGGACGACGAAGAGGACGACGAAGAGGACGAAGAGGAAGACGAGGAAGACGACGACGAAGAAGAAGAGGCGGCAGCGAAUGCAGCAUCGACCGGUGGCGCCACCGCUGGGGGCUCAGCCACGGGCGGCAGCGGCAUGGGGGUCGUUCCUGGCGCGUACAAAGAGAGCGACUUUGCCCACUUAAAGGUUUCGCAGGACAUUCGCGAACUGUUCCAGUACAUUGGUCGCUUCAAGAGCCAAGACAUUGAGCUCGAGACGCGCCUCAAGUGCUUUGUCCCCGAGUACAUUCCGGCGAUCGGAGACAUGGACACUUUUUUGAAGAUUCCGCGCCCAGACAACGAGCCCGACUACUUGGGCUUGAAAGUGCUGGACGAGCCGUCGAUUGCACAGAGUGACGCGACCGUGCUGGACCUGCAGCUUCGUGCAACUUCCAAGAAGAAGCACGGCGACAUUGUCGUCCGGUCCAUCGAGAAUGCGGAGAAGAACGUGAAAGAGAUCGACCGGUGGAUCAAGAGCAUCUCGGAUUUGCAUCGGACAAAGCCGCCGCCCCAAGUGCACUACACCAAGACAAUGCCCGACAUUGAGACCCUGAUGCAGGUAUGGCCGGAAGAGUUUGAAGAGUUGCUGUCGAAAACGCAGCUCCCCCACGCCGACUUGGACGUGACUGUCGAUCAGUACACGCGCGUCAUCUGCGCGAUUCUUGACAUUCCCGUGUACAAGAACGUGUACGAGUCGCUGCACGUUCUCUUCACGCUGUACUUGGAGUUCCGGAGCAACCAGCACUUUAUGAACUACGAAGUCGACAACGCUGCAACGUCGUCGGUGGACGCGCUCGCGAUAAACGGAGUCGGUAAUCGUAGUCCGUUGACCGGAGAAAGCAAAUAAAACAACGCCAUCGUUCAUCCAA